AUGCCAAAGCCCGUCAUUGCAAUUGCUGGAUUAGCAUGUGAAACAUCAACGUUCACUCCCUCCCGAACACUCGCACCUGCAUUUCACCCCCCCGGCGCGGCAAAGAAAUCAUCGACGACUCUUAUCGGCCAUGCUCUCCCAGGAGGUAUGGUAACGCGGGACGCCUAUGAAGAGCUAGCGGAGGAGAUCAUCACUCGCUUGCGAGAUAUAGUUUCAUCGACGACACUACACGGUCUCUGGUUUGAUAUCCACGGCGCGAUGUGCGUGGAGGGCAUCGGCGAUGUCGAGGCCGAGCUUCUCCACCGGAUUAGAGAGGUUAUCGGCCCUGCGGUCCUUGUUUCAGCAUCGAUGGAUCUCCAUGGGAAUGUCUCACGCGAACUCGCACAUCAGACGGACUUGAUUACUUGCUACCGUACGGCGCCGCAUGAAGAUGAGCCUGAGACUAAGGAGCGUGCUUGUCGCAACCUUGUUGAGCUGCUUGCUCAACAGCCCAACAAUAUAGCUGCCGAUAGAAUGGCACUUCCAGGCGUGAUUGACGCCGCUGUUUGGGUCGGAUACGCUUGGGCUGAUGAACCGCGCAAUCGCGCGGCAGUGGUAGUUACCGGAUGGGAGACGAAGAGUGUCGCUGAGGGCGCUGAGCGACUGGCGCGGUUAUUCUGGGACUCACGGGCAGAUUUCAAGUUUGUCGCGCCGACGGGUUCCUUCGCUGAAUGUAUCGACAGCGCACUGAGGUCAACUGUUCAUCCGUUCUUUAUCUCUGACUCUGGCGAUAACCCUACCGCUGGAGGCUCCGGAGAUGUGACUUGGGGACUUACUCAGUUGCUGGCAAGAUCUGAGUUCCAGGACCCUACAGGUCCCACAGUUAUUUACGCCAGUCUUCCGGGGCCGAAAGCGGUUCAGAAAAUGGUUGAUGAUGGUAUUGGAGCCACCGUGACCGUCACAGCGGGGGCAGAAGUAGAUCAUAUGCACUCCGGGCCUGUCACGAUGACCGGUCGUGUUCACGCCAUUAAGCAUGGAGACAAGGAUGCAGUCAUCGAGGCGGUGUUGCAGGUUGGAAGUGUGUUUGCAAUUCUCACGCAGCUGCGAAAGCCGUAUCAUCAUAAGCAUGAUUUCACAGAUCUCAACCUCAACCCCGGGACGACAGACACUGUGAUUGUCAAAAUUGGAUACCUAGAGCCUGAGUUAUUUGAUAUGGCGGCUGGUUGGAUGCUGGGCUUGACUCCUGGAGGCGUGGAUCAGGAUAUUAGACGGCUGGGACACCACCGAAUUCAUAGACCAAUGUGGCCUUUUGAUACUACCUUUAGUUCGCCCCCGGAUUUAUCAGCACGGAUGAUUUCCAAGUCCAAUGACCCUUUGACUGGCCCGGACGAGUGA